AUGUCUGGGUUUGAGAUCGCGGGCAUUGUUCUUGGGUCUAUCCCUCUGCUUAUCUCAGCGAUAGAGCACUAUAGCGACAGCCUUGAUCGUGCAACUGCUUUCUUCAAAUGGAAGGAUGGGUUGAACUCGGCUUUGCGGGAAUUCUGGUAUCAGCACUCGUCGUUCGAGUUGACUUUGAGGAAUAUCCUCAAAGAUGUGGCUAGUCCUUCCGAAAUAGAGGAGAUGAUUGGAGAUCCUGAUCAUGAACUCUGGAAAUCACGAGACCUGUCCCAGGCCUUGCAGGAGAUGCUCAAAUUUGCAUACAGACCUUACAUAUCUACUAUCAAGGAUAUGCAUGGGUGUAUGAAAAGGCUGGCAAGUCAUUUAGAUAUCGAUCGUGAUGCUGGAACUGCUGAUGAUCUUGAGGCCAUCAUGAAAGCGAACAAGAGGCUGCCGUCUGCUGGCGGCCUUAUAAAGUUCGAGUUUAGGCGUGCCGUCAAGUUGACCAUGAAGAGAAAGGAGGUCCGCAUACUCCUCGAAGAUAUGAAAUCAUGCAACAACCGCCUGGAUGAGUUCAUCAACAAGUCAGAGGCUCCAAGUAACAACAGCAUGGCUGGAGCUACUGCUGAAAAGCUGGGAUUGAGCUCCUCACUACAACAGAUACAGAACUACGCAACCAUGCUGCAUCAAACACUAGGAAGAGCCUGGUCCUGUUCAGCUCAUGCCUCCCACGAAAUUCGCCUACUCUUGGAAGACAGGGUUGUACGUCAAAGUGAACCGAGAUCGCUCAAGAAGGUGAAGCGUUCAAGUAAACCACCGAGUUUCACGAUAACCCAUAAAUCGCCAAUAAGCUCUGCACUUUGGAAGUCAGCCAAAAUCGAGAUUCUUGAUUCGGAUAAAGAGUUAGAAGAAAACAGGGCAAUCCGAUUCCAACAGGCGCAUCACAAGACAUCCAUUAAAGACCAGCAGAGCAUGAACAUCCGAAGCGUCCAUGGCUUAACAGUAGUUGGAGACCUUUGCUCCGUCUUUCGCUGCUACAGUGGGUUUGGUUUUGGACUUGACGACCAGGGUGUGCUUUAUGAGACCUACCAAGACGAAACUAAGCCUGUCUGCUGCGCUGAGAAUCUGAUUAGUCUCCAGGAUCUCCUAUUGACACAUUCUGGCAUGAAGUGCUUCACCCCUUUGACAGAGGAGCAACGAUAUCGGCUAUCGAUUAUCCUGACUUCGUCAUUUCUCCAACUCCAUUCGACCCCGUGGCUCAACAAACACUGGAGCCAACACGCUGUCUUCUUUUCAUCAACCCCGAUUGAUGAUCAGCUUGUGGUUGACGUUGGACAUCCUUUCAUCACUGAGAGUUAUUGGAGUUCUCCAUAUCCAGCCCCCACCUCAAUCGAAGCUAAGGGGCUUGCAGAUGAUAGCGCAAAUUUACUUAUGCUGGCUAAGAUCCUUCUUCAGAUCAAGUUUCAUGGUCGGACGAGUUUCACCCAAAAUAAAGAAAGUGUAGCAAACUCGACAGCUUUCGACCGAGUCCGGGAAUCUCAACUUCUUAAUCAGUGGAUAUUCCAGGAGAGGGAGAACUUAUCUUUUGCACACUAUAACGCCAUUCAGUUCUGCAUAGCGUCUUCAAAUAAUAUUGACGCUGACCUUUGGGAUCUGAAAUAUCGGCAAGUGGUUCUUGACCGAGUGGUCGUGCCUUUGGUCAACGAACUAAGUCACUGGCAAGGGGCUACAUAG